CAAAGGAGGGCCUAACAAAAAAAGUUUGGGAACCGCUGCCCUAGUGCAAGUAGUCCAUUGGCCAUAUUUUUGUCGAUUCGUGCUCUUCCCGUUUUUGUAGAGAUCACCUGCAGAUCGUUUUCUCUGAAGCCUUCUCUCUAUCGAUUGCUGCUCUCUGCAGGUCAUUCACCAGGUCCCCCGUGUGGUUCUGGGAUCUUUGCUCACCGUUCUCAUGAUCAUUUUGACCCCACGGGAUGAGAUCUUGCGUGGAGCCCCAGAUCGUGGGAGAUUAUCAGUGGUCUUAUUCACUCUUCCCAGCCUGGUGCAGGUCUACAAUACUUUUCCUGGUGUCCUUCGAGAGCUCUUUGGUCUUGGCCAUGGCGGAGUUUGGAGUCUGACUGUUUGAGGCUGUGGACAGGUGUCUUUUAUACAGAUGAUGAGUUCGCACAGGUGCCAUUCAUACAGGUAACGAGUGGGGGACAGAAAAGCGUCUUACAGAAGACGUUACAGGUCUGUGGGAGCCAGGGAUUGUCCAUGUUUGAGUUGACGUGUACCUCUGGUGCAAAUUACUGGCCUCUGUCAUCAUUUUAGACACAUCUCCACACGUUUAAGCAGAGCAGAGCAAUAAAGAGACCAAACUUCUGAGCAGCAGAACAUCAGGAGAGACGGAAAAUCACACAUCAACUGCCCGUAAGACAGACAUGGCCAGCAAAUACACUCGCCUUGCAGAGCAAGAAGAACAGGAAGAACCAGAGAAGCCAGAGCUCAGGAUUUUGCUUCUUGGAAAAACUGGAGUUGGAAAGAGUGCUUCAGGAAACACCAUCCUAGGAAAAGGGAAUGCUUUUCAAUUGACAUCACCAGAGUGUCAGAAGGAAACAGGAGAGUUUGAAGGUCAAACACUGGCUGUAGUUGAUACUCCAGGUCUGUGUGACAUCAGUAAAAGUGAAGAGGAGUUGACAGCAGAGAUGGAGAGAGCCAUCUGCUUUGCUGCUCCUGGUCCUAAUGUGUUCCUGGUUGUGAUUCAGGGAAACUGCUUCACAGAUGAAGAUCAAGAAACAGUGAAAAUCAUUCAGAAGAUGUUUGGAAAAAGGUCAGCAUGUUUCACAUUAGUCUUGUUCACCCAUGGAGAUGACCUGAAGUCAGAUGGAGACACCAUAGAAGAAUUAAUCAGUAAAAAUCCAGCUCUCAGUGAGUUCAUCACUCGGUGCCAUGGAAGAUAUCAUGUUUUUAACAACAGAGACAAGGAUCCCUCUCAGGUCAGAGAGCUGCUGGAGAAAGUCAACUCCAUGGUUCAAAGAAAUGCAGAAAGAUACUACACAGUAGAAAUGUUCCGAGAUAUUUACCUUCGGAUUGUUCUUAUUGGGAAAACUGGAGGUGGGAAGAGUGCAUCAGGAAACACCAUCUUAGGAGAAAAAGCUUUUAAAUCCUCCCCAUCUUCUUCCACAGUAACAUCAAAAUGUCAGAAGGAAACAGGUCUGUUUGCUUGUCAAAAACUGGCUGUAAUUGAUACUCCAGGUUUCUCUGACACUGGAAAAACUGAACAGGAGAUGAAAAAAGACAUGAGUAGCUGCAUCAACUUUGCUGCUCCUGGUCCUCAUGUGUUCCUGGUUGUGAUUCAUGCCAACAGAUUCACAAAAGAAGAACAAGAAACUGUCAAAAACAUUCAAAGGAUGUUUGGAGAACAGUCACCACGUUACACUAUGGCCUUGUUCACCUAUGGAGACAAUCUGGAGAGAGAUGAAGUCACCAUAAAAGACAUAAUCAAUGAUAAUCCAGCUCUCAGAGGCUUCAUCCGUCAGUGCGGUGGAGGAUAUCAUGUCUUUAACAACACAGUCGAAAAUCCUUCUCAGGUCAGAGAGCUGCUGGAGAAGAUCAACACAAUGACUGAGAAAAAUGGAGGAGAAUACUACACCAAUGAAAUGUUCAGAGAAGCUCAGAGAGCCAUGAAAACAACAGAAACUGAACUCAGGAUUGUUCUUGUUGGGAAAACCAGAGUUGGAAAGAGUGCAGCAGGAAACAGCAUCUUAGGGGGAAAAGUAUUUAGAUCAACAUCUUCCUCUUCCUCUGUAACAUCAGAGUGUCAGAAGGAAACAUGUCAGUUUGAAGGUCAAACACUGGCUGUAGUUGACACUCCAGGUCUGUGUGAAACUAAACUAACUGAAAAGGAGGUGAAGAGAGAGAUUGUUAGAUGCAUCUCCUUUGCUGCUCCUGGUCCUCAUGUGUUCCUGGUUGUGAUCCAACCAAACAGAUUCACCAAAGAAGAACAAAAAACUGUGAAAAUCAUUCAGAAGAUAUUUGGUGAACAAGCAGCUGAUUACACAAUGGCCUUGGUAAUCCAUGAAGAUGAUGCGAAUGAAGACACCAUAGAAGAAGCAAUCAAACGUCCAGAUCUCAAAGACUUUAUCAGUCAGUGCCGUGGAGGAUAUCAUGUUUUUAACAGUAGAAACAAGGAUCGCUCUGAGGUCAGAAAGCUGCUGAAGAAAAUCAACACAAUGACUGAGAGAAAUGGAGGAUGCUGCUACACCACCAACAUGUUUGAAGAGGCAGAGAAAGCCAUAAAAACAGAGAUGGAACGACUUCAGAAAGAAGAUCCAAAGAUGACGGCCAAAGAAGCAAGAUACAAAGCAGAAAGAAGGAAUGAGUUUACUCAGGCGAGUCAGGAUGCUGUUAUUCCUGGAGCUGAUGCCGGUGUUAAUCUUGGAGUUGCUGCUGGUGCUGGUGCUGGUGCUGGUGUUGCUGCUGGUAUUGGUACUGGAAUUGGCAUUGAAAUUGCUGUUGGAGCUGGUGUUGGAGCUAUAGGGGGUCCAGUGGGGGCUGCAGUAGGAGCGUUAGCUGGAGCUUUAGUGGGACUUGCAGCUGGUUUCACAGUAAAAUCUGUAACUUCGAAAAGAAAAUUAAAUGAUUGUGUUACACAGUAAUAAUCAAUGGAAAAUAACAUUUAUCAGCAGCUUGUUAAUGCUCCAUUAACAAGAAAAUAGAUCAAAAAUAAUAACAGUAAUAAUUUUUUGAGUAUGUGUUGUUUAGAUAGAUGGACUAAAGAACAACAAAAUAUGAGAUGCAAAGAAGAAAGACAUAAAGUUAAAGAAAAAAUACAUUUCUUUAGGACAGUUGUUGUUGCAGUUGAUGCUCCACCUGCCACUGAAGUUGGUAUUGAGGUUGCAGUGCAUCUUACUCCCACUGCUACAGUGACAAAGCCAGCAUUUAUUAAACAGUGAAGUUCAUCAUUUAGCAGUAACUUAUAAAAGUUACAUUAUCAUGAAGACAGAAUGUAAUCAUUGUAGUGUAACUAUCUCUGUAAUUCUUAUUAUUGUUGAUUUUUUUAUAUUAAAUAAUCAAUUUAAUAACAUUCUAGUUUUUAUUAAUUAAUUGAAUAGGUGGCUUGGGUGGCUUUAGCUCGGGAGUUAGAGCAGGUCACCUACUGAUUGGAAGGUUGGUGGUUCGAUCCCAGGCUCCUCCAGUCUGCAUGCCAAGUAUCCUUGGGCAAAAUGCUAACCCCAAGUUGCUCUCCGAUGCAUCCAUCGGAGUAUG